AUGAUGGAUGAGCCGUGGUGGGAAGGGCGCGUCGCCUCGGACGUCCACUGCACCCUGCGCGAGAAGGAACUGAAGCUGCCCACCUUCCGAGCCCACUCCCCGCUCCUGAAGAGCCGCCGGUUCUUUGUCGACACCCUGACCCUGCUGAGCAGCCACUGCCAGCUGUGCCCUGCCGCCCGGCACCUGGCCGUCUACCUGCUGGACCACUUCAUGGACCGCUAUAACAUCACCACCUCCAAGCAGCUGUACACCGUGGCUGUCUCCUGCCUCCUGCUCGCAAGCAAGUUCGAGGAUAGGGAAGACCGCGUGCCCAAGCUGGAGCAGAUCAACAGCACGAGGAUCCUCAGCAGCCAGAAUGUCACCCUCACCAAGAAGGAGCUGCUGAGCACGGAGCUGCUGCUGCUGGAGGCCUUCAGCUGGAACCUCUGCCUGCCCACGCCCGCCCACUUCCUGGACUACUACCUCUUGGCCUCCGUCAGCCAGAAGGACCACCACUGCCACGCCUGGCCCACCACCUGCCCCCGCAAGACCAAAGAGUGCCUCAAGGAGUACGCCCACUACUUCCUGGAGGUCACCCUACAAGAUCAUAUAUUCUACAAAUUCCAGCCUUCUGUGGUGGCUGCAGCCUGCGUCGGGGCCUCCAGGAUUUGCCUACAGCUUUCUCCCUACUGGACCAGAGACCUGCAGAGGAUCUCAAACUACUCCCUGGAACAUCUCAUCUCAUCCAGGCCUUUUCCUUUCAGAGCAUAUGACAACGUCCUCAAGGAUGCCGUUGCAGUCAAGAGCCAGGCCUUGGCGAUGGUACCUGGCACGCCCCCCGCCCCCACCCAAGUGCUAUUCCAGCCACCCACCUACCCUGCCCUCGGCCAGCCGGCGACCACCCUGGCACAGUUCCAGACCCCCGUGCAGGACCUAUGCUUGGCCUAUCGGGACUCGCUGCAGGCCCACCGUUCAGGGACCCUGCUCUCGGGGGGCACAGGCUCAUCUCUCCACACCCCAUACCCCACCCUCCAACCCCUGGAUGUGUGUCCCGUGCCCGUCCCCAUGUCCCUCAGCAUGCAGAUGGCUAUUGCAGCUGAGCCCAGGCACUGCCUCACCACCAGCUACGGAAGCAGCUACUUCAGUGGGAGCCAUCUGUUCCCCACAGGCUGUUUUGACAGAUAG